UUAGUAUUUUUUUACCUUUUGGACAUCCAAUUAAGUUAGAUAAUAUUAAUAUUUGUGUGUAGUAUUUAGGUGUAAAUGAACAUAAAUAAUUAUAUAACCGUGUACCUGUUUUAAACAAAAUGCUAUUCCUGGUGGCAUGUCUGGCCACCCUCGGCCUCGCGUGGGCCGAGCCCCGUGUGAUCGAGCCCCCUAUCCGAGUGGACCUGCAACCCCCUGAAGAAUUCAACUCUAGGGAUGCUGUGGCAAUGAACGACGUCAUCACGUCCUGGAUCACCAUGCCCGUCGAUCAUUUUGAUCCGCAAAAUACUGACACUUUCGACAUGCGUUACAUGUACAACGAAGAGUUCUUCGGGGGACCCGGGUACCCAGUGUUCAUACUUAUAGGGGGAGAGUGGAACAUCGCGCCCGGCUGGCUCCGCGGUGGCAACAUGUUCGAGAUGGCGAGGGAGAAUAGGGGAUACCAGAUUUACACUGAGCACCGAUACUACGGAGAGACCUUGCCUUACCCGAACUUCACCGUUGAAAAUCUCCGAUUCCUGAACGUAGACCAAGCUUUGGCUGAUCUAGCCUACUUUAUCAGAGACCUCAAAACACAGCCAAGGUUUGCUGAAAGCAAGAUUGUCAUGUAUGGUGGUUCUUAUGCUGCCAACAUGGCCCUAUGGUUCAAACAACGGUACCCACAUCUAGCUGUUGGUGUGGUAGCUUCGAGUGGGCCUAUCAAGGCGGAAAUUGACUUUACUGGUUAUUUGGAAGUCGUCCAUGAAGCGUUCCUUUUGGAAGGUGGCGAGCAGUGCAUGUCUAUAAUAAGUCAGGGCAUAUCGGACACCGUGCAGGCGUUGGGGACUGAGGAGGGGAGGCGGCUGGUGGAAUUUAACUAUAGAAUGUGCUCGCCUCUAGUGGAUUACAACGACGUGUACGAACUGGGUUACUUCUCUGGCUUCAUCUCAUGGACGUUUUCCGGGGCGGUGCAGCAGGCGCGGCCGGGCACUCUCUCUGAGAUCUGUCAGAACUUCGUCAACAACGCUUAUGGUUCUACACCAAUGGAACAGAUUGGAGGAUUCAUCGCUCAUAGACAGAACUUAGGAGGAAGUUGUUGGGGCAUCCAGUAUGCGGCGCUCAUCAAUACCUACAGCCAAAAUACCAACUCUCGCGCCUGGUAUUACCAGACGUGCACCGAGUACGGGUACUUCCAGACCGCGCCACGCUCAGGCACCGUGUUCGACCCUCUGAGGUGGCUCACCGUCGACUUCUACGUCGAUAUUUGCAGAAGAGCGUUCAGUGCACAAUUCGACGAGGAAUUCGUGUUCGCCGCCGCCGAUCGUGUAAAUGAAGUGUACGGCGCUCUCAACCCUGACGUGAACAACACGAUCAAUAUCCACGGCUACAUCGAUCCCUGGCGCGCGCUCGGGGUGUACGACAGAGACAUUUCCGAGACCUCGCCUACUUAUACAGUCCCAAGAGCUUCGCAUUGCUUUGACAUGCAGAACUGGUUGACAACCGACACCAUUCGCAUGACGCACGCGCAACAAGCAGCCAGGAGGCACGUCGCAAGAUGGUUGAAUUGAUUACUUGAAAUUAUUUAAAUAGUUUUAAAAUGUACACCUAUUUAAAAGAAAAGGAGA